GUCUAAUGUCUUAAAGAUACGAGGAACAAGACAAUUGAGCAAUGGCUUCUAAAGAAGAGGGUAGCAGCAAGUCAACCAACCCAGCACUGGAUCCGGAUCUGGACAACCCGGAUAAUCCGGGUCUGGAAUUUGCCCAGUUUGCAGCAGGCUGCGUCUGGGGAGUGGAAUUGGUCGAAGGAGUAGUGAAGACGGAGGUAGGCUACUCUCAGGGCCAUGUCCACGACCCAAAUUACAAGCUCGUUUGCUCCGGUACCACCGACCAUGCAGAGGUGAUUCGGAUCCAGUUUGACCCGAAUGUCUGCCCAUAUACCAAUCUGCUUUCUCUCUUUUGGAGUCGUCAUGAUCCCACCACUCUAAAUCGCCAGGUAUCAAAUUCCUUCAUCUCAAUAAUAAAAUAAUGUUACUGUGUUUGUACUACGAAGAGAAUAUACAAUUUAGGUAACUUUGCAUGAUCCUUAGUUGUAAUGUUAUAUAGUUGUCGCUCUGAAUCUGAUUUC